AUGGCUCAAUCAUCGUCAUUCCCACCACUCUUGCACACCCGGGAUGGAAAUCACCCCGGAUGGUGGGCGACUGCUGCAUCUCGCGGCUCGUGGAAAGCUGGCAGUCGUCUGAUAUACCAGUCAGACUCUCUUCUGUCCCAGCUGCACCAGCUCCCACCCGUUCGAGAACCUGCCACCCUCUUCCCAAGGGAUGCAGCCAAGUUCUUCAACGCGGUUGGCAAAAGUCCCAGGAACGUUGAAGCACUUGUUGCCCAGGCAGUGGGGGUUCGCAUGGAUGCUGACCACCAGUGUCAAUGUUGCAAGCAUGGAUAUGGCGUAUUUGCGUCUUGUGUCAUUGUGCCCAGCCUGUCUGGUCUCAUUCAUGGCUGCGCAAAUUGUCACUGGGCCAGAGGAAAUAAUAAGUCUUUUUGCAACUUCAGACUCGAGAAAGUUCCGCCCACUGCACCCAUCGAGGAAAACAUUUCGACGACUGAGCCCAUCGAUGAGGCUCCACUGCCUGCUCCCAGAACAGGCAUUCAGGUCAAGGGAAUGGCUCUUGAGAAGCUUCACAAUGCAAUGGAGAAGGAGUUGAUGGCGAUGAAAUCUACUCAGCAUGAGUUCUCGGCUGCGAUGGACCACCACAACAGACGUCUGCAGGGAAUCAUGAACGUGCAUAAGAAGCUUUUGAACGCAGCUGCCACGACUGAAGAGGAGGAAGUUGUUUGA